GGGGCGGGGCCGCCAAUUGGGACAAGGGUGGGGCCGCUGCUGCCGCAGAGGACGCGCACCGGCUCUGCACCGGAGGAGCUUCUUGCUGGGCGUCUGAACUCUGACCUUGACAUACAGCCAUGGCCAUGGCAACCAAAGGAGGAACCGUAAAAGCUGCUGCUGGAUUCAAUGCUGUUGAGGAUGCCCAGACCCUGAGGAGCGCCAUGAAAGGACUCGGCACCAAUGAAGAUGCCAUUAUUGGAAUCCUGGCCUACCGCAACACAGCCCAGCGCCAGGAAAUCAGGACAGCCUACAAGAGCAACAUCGGCAGGGACCUGAUUGAGGACUUGAAGUCAGAGCUGAGCAGCAACUUCGAGCAGGUGAUCGUGGGGUUGAUGACCCCCACGGUGCUGUAUGAUGUACAGGAACUGCGAAGGGCCAUGAAGGGAGCCGGCACAGAUGAGGGCUGUCUGAUUGAGAUCCUGGCCUCCCGCACCCCCGAGGAGAUCCGGCGCAUCAACCAGACAUAUCAGCAGCAAUAUGGACGAAGCCUUGAAGAAGACAUUUGCUCGGACACCUCAUUCAUGUUCCAGAGAGUGCUGGUGUCGCUGACGGCAGGUGGCAGAGAUGAAGGGAAUUAUCUGGAUGAUGCACUCGUGAAGAAGGAUGCCCAGGACCUGUUUGAGGCUGGAGAGAAGAAAUGGGGAACAGAUGAGGUGAAAUUCCUAAGUGUCCUUUGCUCCCGGAACCGGAACCAUCUGCUGCACGUGUUUGAUGAAUACAAAAGGAUAUCACAGAAGGACAUUGAACAGAGUAUUAAAUCUGAAACAUCUGGUAGCUUUGAAGAUGCCCUGCUGGCUAUAGUAAAGUGCAUGAGGAACAAACCUGCCUAUUUUGCUGAAAGGCUUUAUAAAUCUAUGAAGGGCUUGGGCACUGAUGACAGCACCCUCAUCAGAGUGAUGGUUUCACGAGCGGAGAUUGACAUGCUGGACAUCCGGGCAAACUUCAAAAGGCUCUAUGGAAAAUCUCUGUUCUCCUUCAUUAAGGGUGACACAUCUGGAGACUACAGGAAGGUUCUGCUCAUCCUCUGUGGAGGAGAUGAUUAAAAGAAACCCAGGACAGGAUUUUCAACGCUGUUUUUUUUUUUUAACUUGAUUUUUCUACACCACUAUUAGCAUUAUCUCAGAUGCUUAUUUCCAAUUAAAACGCCUACAGUUGCCUCCUAGGAUCUAGGCUGUCUGUAUUAUUAUCAUCUAUAAUUACUCAUUUUGAUGCUUUAAACCUGUACUUGCAUUUCAAAGCUUUAAGACCUAAAUGGAGAUUUGAAAUAGAAAUUAAAAUGUGUUCCAGGUCUUUAACAAAUUAUCUCAUUUGGGGUUCCACAGAAAUCAUGUUUUCUUUUCAGUAAGAAUCUUACAGGACAGAAGCUAUUCUGAGGUCAGUUUCUUCCCCAGGGCUAGUCAUUUCUCUAUUUGGGAUUGUGAGCAUCAGUUAGUGAGAAUUUACAUCCAGUUUCCUCUUUCACAGAGUUGUAGAUUGAAAGGAUCUACAAAUCUCCUGUCUUUGGCCUUGUCUAUUGUGUUAGUUGAUAGUUACUGAGUUGACUGUGGCAGGCUUCAUCACCCCUGCACUGAGUCUGCUUUCUGGGUAAAGUGUACCAAAGUCAGCUCAUCUAAACAAGUCCAAUUUCAAUUGUGUUUAAACAGAUUAUGUGUGUUUGGUUAUUUAAACAUCUAUGCAGAUGUCCACAGUCUUAUGGUUCAUGUCUUAACCUAACUCAAAGGGGAAAGAAAGUAAGAUUCAGACGAGCUGAUUCUAACCCAGCUUAAAAGUGAUGGAAAAGAAUUGAUCCCCAUGAGCUGACUCUCAUAGGGAGUGAUGAUCUGAAUUGUGUUUGUCCUGAAGAAAAAUUUUUCUGCUAAAAAGAAUUUUUAGAAUUUUUUAGCUUGUUGAUUUGAUUUGCAUUGUGACUUCAACCUUACAAUCAUUCUGAAACUGCACUUGGAUUUAAUAAUGAAGUUUGGUUUAUAUACUACAUGGGAAAAUAAUUUUAAUAAACAAUGGUGAUUUUUAAAGUGA